UGAAAAAUUCCAAAAAGGGGAAGGAAAGGAAGAAGAAAAGUAUAUUGAUGUAGUCAUCAAUAAAAAUAUGAAGUUGGGACAAAAAGUUUUGAUUCCAGUAAAACAAUUCCCUAAGUUCAACUUUGUGGGAAAACUUUUGGGUCCACGUGGCAAUUCUCUAAAGCGCUUACAGGAAGAAACACUGACAAAAAUGUCUAUUUUGGGAAAAGGUUCUAUGAGGGACAAGACAAAGGAGGAAGAGUUGAGAAAAAGUGGAGAGGCAAAGUACUUCCACCUAAAUGAUGACCUGCAUGUUUUAAUUGAAGUAUUUGCUCCACCAGCAGAAGCAUAUGCCAGAAUGGGACAUGCAUUGGAAGAAAUCAAGAAGUUCCUCAUCCCUGACUACAAUGAUGAAAUCAGACAGGCACAGCUUCAGGAAUUAACAUAUUUAAAUGGUGGUUCAGAAAAUGCAGAAGUUCCAGUAGUUCGUGGAAAACCAUCUAUUCGAGCAAGAGGAGUACCAGUUCCUGCUUUGGCCAGGGGCCGUGGAGGAGUGCCUCCACCACCAGCAGGAGUACCAAGAGGGGCACCAGCACCCAGAGGAGUGCCUCCCAGUAGAGGACCAGUCAGUCGUAGCCGUGGACUUCUAGCACCCAGAGCAAGAGGAGUACCUCCACCUGCAGGCUACCGGCCCCUUCCACCACCUCCAGCACAGGAGACAUAUGGUGAAUAUGAGUAUGAUGACGGUUAUGGAACUGCUUAUGAUGAACAAAGCUAUGAUUCCUAUGAUAACAGCUAUAGCACUCAAGCACAAAGUGGAGCAGAUUACUAUGACUAUGGCCACGGACUAAGUGAAGAAACAUAUGACUCUUACGGGCAAGAAGAAUGGACCAACUCAAGACACAAGGCACCUUCUGCAAGGACAACAAAAGGAGUCUACAGAGACCAGCCAUAUGCCAGAUACUGAUUGUACUGUCUGAUGUUGUGAAAUAUCCAAUCUCCACCAGUCCUGUAUACUGUUCAAAGUAAUUUUUUCUAUGAACAAUCCCUUUUUAUUAAAUCAAAGCGCUUAAAAAUCUGAAUGGAUGGACUGAACUUAAAAUAUUUUGUUGAAAGAACAACCUGGACAUAAAGAUAUGUAAAACAAGGAACUUUGUUAUUUCCAAACUGUAUUUGAAAGAAUAGGCAAUCAAAAAAAUAACCUUUGAUUAACUAGUGUAAAACAAAAAAUAGGUUUACUAAAUAUGUUAGUCCAUUCUUUUAACAUAAGCGUAACCUUUUAUUUUAAAGGUUUUCAACAAUUUAGUUUUUAGUUUUUAUUUUCAGUCAUUUGCUAGUUUUUCUCUUUGCAAACAUGCGUAAAAAGGGAAGCAAAUUACAAAUGCAAAUAAUGUGGUAUUUUGUAACUCAAGUCUUGAAAUGUUCUGUAGUGUUAAGCAAAGUUUUACCCUUGCUUGAUACUAAAUAAACUUUUGAAAGAAAA